ACUCAAUAAUAUCAUAGAUCUAAAUAAUGGAACGAUUUCGCACAUAAUGGAAACCUCUAGUCCCAUAUACAACAUUCUCACUGAUAUUCGGCAGCUCGGUUGCAGCAAUGAGGCACGGUCAUCUGCAGCUUAUCGGCUUUAUCUCCAUCUCUGCGAAGAACGCCACCUCUGGGAUGUCCACUACCACUACUCGAAGAAACUGGAUGUCAUCUAUCUUACGGCACGAAAACAGCAGGAUUCUCCCCCGAAUAUUUACAUUCCGGUUCCAACCUUUGAGGACAUCACCAUGGGAGACAUCGCCCGAUAUCAAACCGAACUGACACCGGAAUCAGGUACUGAUAAAAACCAUUCCGUCAUCAUUGCAUUCUGUGAUCCCAGCUCGACUGUGCUGCUGUACAACAUGACCAAUACAAUAAGACCAUUGCACGAUAAGCCCAUCUCAAAGAACAAGCUGGCUAAACAGCGUUCAAAUGCAAAUAAAAUAGGUGAUUCAUAACAGGUACCAGAAGGAA